UGUGUGAAUAAAAGUAUGGAGACUGAGUCCAAGUAAGAGCAAACCGUAGAUGGAUAAAGAGUGACUCUAUCAAAGGACACGAGAACAAAGAAGUUUCAGCCAGCUUCACCAAGUGAUCGCCUUGACGCUUGGAGAACAAGAAGCUCUGUAGGUACUCAAGGAAUCGCUGUAGAUGAUGGAGUGGUAUGUUUUGGUGUUGAUGCUGAGCUUGCCAAGCUUGAGUCAGGCAGAUUGUUCAGAGCAAUGCAUGAGAUGCGCGCAACAGAUCUCCGACCUGGACUCUGCAGUGAACCGCUUGACUUGCACUUUAGAAUGUGAAGGAGCCGUGCCAUCUACAAGUACAUUAGACAGAUGCGAGAAAGCUUUACAGGAGCUUUCAGAUGAAUUCGCUGAACUCAACCCCGACGCCGACGGAGAGCGAAGCGCGCUGAACGCGGAGGAUCUCCAAGAGAAGCCGUCCAACCUGGUCAAGCGAUACGGGGGCUUCAUCAAGAGGAUCGAGAAGAAUAAACAGAAGUUUUUCGCUUCACCCUGGAAGGAGAACGCCAUUCUAAAAGGAUUGUUCGCGAAGAAAUACGGAGAAUCGCUCUCGAAACUGGGCGAGCGAGACGUCCCGUCGAUCACGGAAGACGACGAGGGCGAAGACGUGACCGCGGAAAACGAAACGGGAGUUUACGAUAACGACGUUCCUUUGAACGAAGUCAAACGCUACGGCGGGUUUCUCCGCAAAUUCGGGCCAAAAAGAAGCAACUUUGUGGAAAACACCAGCCCGCAGGUGUUGCAGAAGAGAUAUGGAGGGUUUAUGCGAAGAAUUCGCCCGAAGUUGAGGUGGGACAACCAAAAGCGAUAUGGCGGGUUUUUACGGCGUCAUUUUAAAAUCUCCGUGCGCUCUGACGAACAGCCCUCAUCGUACGAGGACUAUGCUUUAUAGGCUAUUGUAUCAUAGAUAACCCAACCAGAACUCAUUGAGCCAACGCAUUUCAGUUUCCCCAACUAAUGUGACCCUGCAGCAUUAAACCAGUCAUGAGUAGCACGGGUAUAGCAAUAGCAAUAGCCAUAAACCUACACGUAUGGGUAGAAAAAAUAUAUAUAUCUUUCCUUUACGCAAAAAAUCAUUAGGCUAGGGAAGUAAUGCUGAAAUAUAUUUUGUAAAUUUCGAAAAAGUUGAUUAGCAAUAGCCUAUGCAUUGCUAACAACUUCAUUUGGACAACAUUAAAGGCGAUUCCCACAAUAUUUAGAUUAUUAUUAUUAUUAUUUGCAACCUAAGAUUUAAGAUGGUUGCAUCUCGGCCAAAUAUGGUCAUAUACUAACAAAUUCUUUCAGCUUUCAGAUGAGGUAUACACCUCGGUUUUUAAUUAAAUUGACCCUUAUGGCUGGUUUUGUGGUUCAGGGUCACAGAUGUCAUGACCUUACACGUGCUGAGGUGUUUUACUAUCCCAAAUGGCUGCUGACCUCUGGACGCCAUCAAUCACCUGUCACCUGUCAAUCAUGCGCUCGGGACGUUUCAGUGACUGACCACUUGUUGUUUCUCAUUAACUUUACCUCCAUGUAAGCAAUCAGUACAUCCUGCAGAUAAUGCUUGUUUAAGAUGACCAAUAAACGGCAAGAACUUU